UUGGAGAUUAUUUGGACACAGAGAUGAACACAUUCACCAUGUUGCUCUCUUUGCUACUGCUUCUGCUGGUUUACAGCACACAAGCUACGCAUUUUUUUGGGACAGUGAUGACCUAUUACCCAGGAGACACUCACUCAGAUCAACCUUUUGUGGUGAACUUCCGGUACAAGAUGAACUUCCAUGAGUGCAAUCAGUCAGACAUAUGGGGUUGCUUCACAUAUAAUUGUCUCCAGUCGACCUACAUACUAAAUGUGGUAGAAGUGGUAAAAAAGGAGAGCAGUGGAGAGUGGUGUCAGACAGAGGGACACAUGAUUAAACAGUAUUCCAGCGAUGCUCCAUUUGAAGUUGUGUUGGAUGGUGGUAACUGGAUAGAUGGCAUUGUAAAUGGUAUUGUGUCAUGGAGAGCUGUGGCUCUGGUGGAACUGAGGAACAGAUCUGACACCGGCAAAGCCAAUUCAUCACCCCAGACCACCAUCAUACCAGCCGUGAGAGUUCCCUCAAACUGUGCAAGAGAUUUCGUCUUGUUGGCGUUUGACCCUGAUGGUGAUGUGGUUAAGUGCAGAAAUGGGGAUGAAUCACUGUCAGAAUGUAAUCCCUGCACUCCACCAUCUGUCCUCAGCCUCACACCAGAGUCUUGUACUCUGUCCUUCCGCCCCACUGAUAGCAGUAAUGAAGGUCCAUAUGCAGUACAGCUGGUGAUGGAGGACUUUCCCCGGCAGAACAUAACUCUGACUCAAACCGAUGGGACACAGACUAAUCUAACUACCAAUAAUGCAAUUGGCAAAAUACCGGUCCAGUUUGUUUUAAGGGUGGAUUCUCCAGUGCCAUCCUGCACAGAAGGACUCUUUCUGCCACUAUUCCUGCCUCCAACUCCAGCCAACGGAGCUCAGCUAUAUACCCCUGUAGGACAAACCCUGGAAAUCAGCAUCAAAGCAGAGGCGACAAAUUCCACGAUCUCUGAGCUGCUCUACAGUGGGCCCUACACUAUAUUUCAAAAUAAAACAGGACCAGGAGAGUUCAUCCUCUCAUGGACGCCAUCUGAGAGCGAAGCGGGAGAAAGCUACCCCAUCUGUUAUGUUGUCCAGGCACUUUUUGGUGUAGUGAAGUAUCACUCUGACCUUCGAUGCGUCAUUGUGACUGUUGAAAAUGUUUAUGUCGCUGCCCUGAGUGGGAGGAUCUCCUUUUCAUUGCCUUUUACUGCAGACAAUGUCAACAGUGUCAUCAUACAGAAGAUUAAAGAAGAACUGGAGAAACGCGGUCUGCCGCCAGACGCAAGUCUACGCCUCGUGAGAGGAGACCAAGUAUUAACAACAACCACAGCGCCCUCUUAUGGCUGAUUAUCACACUGCACAUGAGUGCACAGCUCAAUAGCCAGAGAGUGUGUUGGGGAUUUUUUUUAUAACAUAUAUACCUGUAUAGACUGGACAUAUACUCACAUAUAUAAUAUAAUCAUAUAUGCUUACAUAUAUACUAUGUAAUCAUAUAUACGUGUAUACACUAUAUAUACCUGCAAUGGAGUAUUUUUAUGUAUACAUGAUAUGUACCUAGACGGGAGAGUUUUAUAUAUUGGAAUCACUGUGUUAAACAUUUAACCUACAUAUUCAAAUCACAAGACCCAUAUAUGUAGAUCACAUAAACCUAUAAUAUUUUCGACAAUUAUAUUAAUGAAGCCUGUGCCUGUGUUGUAUAAUCACCUGUUGAUCCAUACUGUUUGAAAUGUAGUAGUUAGGAUCAAUAAGUAACCUUUAAUUGUGUUUUGUAUUUGACAAAUCAUAUUACAUUGAUAAUUGGGGUAUUAUUGACAUUUGUAGAGUAGAGAAAAUAUUUAUUAGUUUAAAAUUAAUACGAUCCAAGUAAAAAGCAAGGAAUGAAAAGUUACCCAACAGCAGGAGGAUGGGUCACUGACCCUAUAUAAGAGGAGGGUCAGUUAUGCCCCGAUCAGCUUUUUUCCUGUGUGUCAUUUUUCUCUGUUGUUUGUGAUUAAAGGCUCUACACCCUGGCUUGCUUUGCUAUGUGUUGUCUUGCAUAUUGUACUGUUCUGCUUUUCAUAUGACACUGUUUAAUAAACUCUGUUCUACGAAUU